AAGAGUCACAUAAAUUGAAAAAUACCCGAAUUGACAGACAUUUCAACAACAGUAACAAUGCAGCCAGACCAAAAAUAGCUGGCUAACUCUGUGGGGAACCCUCAUAAAGUACUGCAACUUAUGGUCCAGAGAAAACUGAUAUUCCCGUUCGCCGUUUAUUUAGAAUCUAACUUGGAUCUAUGUUGCGUACUUUGGUAGUCGGAAAAAACGCCCAUUAAACGACAAACCAAAUCCCACAUAAAGGCAGAAUAAAUCUCUCAUUCCUCACUUAAAUUCACAUAAAUGUUUUUCGGCUACCGAAACACUUAAAGUCACUCAUCCCAAAGUGAGAACAUUUAAAAGUCCGAAUCGCCCGAAAGAAAAUAUAGUAUAAAAUGAGGCAAAGUUCAUGAACUCAAGAAGGCGAAGAAUUUCUCACACAGCCAUGGCAACGGCGUCAAUUACAUGGCAAUGGAUGGAGAUGAAAACGGGCAGAUGGAGCUGAAUCUGGAGUUGGAGCUGGAGCUGCUGGUGGAGUUGAAGCUGAAGGUGGAGGUGGAGUUGGAGAUCCGAGAUGGCCACGGCUACUUAGGAGAACCAGGCAGAACCAGGGAGCAGCAGCUUAACUUUUAACCGCACAGAAGUCGACAUCAAUGCGCCACGGCCACUUGAGUUGGUUACGGCCAAGCCAAGUAAUUAAAACGAGUCGAGAAAAAUCAGCCCAAAAAGAAAAUGGGAAUGGCAAUAGCAAUGGGCUGGGAAUCGCUGAGGGAAAAUGGGAGCGGGAAUGGGAAUGGGAAAUGCUGCGCCACGUAACUGAAACUUCAGAGUCAAAGCGGCGCUCGGACAUUGCUCAUUUCGUCGUUUCGUAAUUAAUUAGUCUUAAAAGUUAAAUAGCCCAAAUGAUUUUGGACAGGCUACAAAGGCGCUGGCUAAUAGAAAACGUUGCCAGGAAUGUGGCGGGAAAGCGUAUGCUGGCUGGCUGGCAGCGAAAAAGAAGGAAGAUCCCAGCUGAGAAUUUUCAGUCCAGCUCGGUUGGGUUCGGCUUAGUUCAGCAAAUGAAGAUAAGAUACGUCUUU